CUUGGCAAUAACAAUUCUCUUUGCAUAUCAAUGACAACUCCAAACCACACAUACAACAAAAUAUUUUCAUUUCAAGCACAAUGUAUUUAGCUAGAGCGGAUCUCCUUCGGAAAACGAAGGUGCAACACUAAAUCUUUUUAUGGCUGAAGCAUGGGCGAGGAGAAUCUUCCGGAGAAACCAGUGGAGAAACCAGUCAAACACAUUCCUGGAUAUAUUAGCUUCUUUAUUGGUGGAGGAGCAGGGUAAGAAUACUAGCAAGAUGCGUGGUGCACCCAGCAGAUUUGGUGAAGACUCGUAUGCAAUUGGAGCCUAAAAUCGCAGGGGAUGGAGGGUUGAAGAGCUUGAUCAUACGAAUAGUAGCCAAGGAUGGGGUGUUUGGUCUUUACGCCGGUAUUUCGGCGGCUCUCUUCCGACAGGCGACCUACACUACAGCUAGAUUCGGCAUCUUCAAUUUGAUGUUUGAUUAUUAUAGGGAUAAAUAUGGCAUGCCAGGCUUUGGCACGAAGUUGGCCCUAGGUCUGAUCUCCGGAGGUCUUAGCGCCUUCGUGGGCAAUCCUGGGGAGGUGGUGCUCGUCAGGAUGACGGCUGACGGCCAGUUACCACCAGACCAGAGGAGGAACUACACGAAUGUCAUCGACGCUAUCAGCAGGAUGAUAAGAGAAGAAGGCGUGUCGGCUCUGUGGCGUGGUACGAUGUCCACCGUGGUCAGGGCUAUGAUCGUGAAUGCAUCACAACUUAGCACUUAUGUACAGGCCAGGGAAAUGCUGCAACCGAAAAUAGGCGAGGGCUUGCUGCUUCACGUGCUGGCGUCCAUGGUGGCUGGCCUCGUCUCCAGCGUCGCCUCGCUGCCCAUCGACAUCGUCAAAACGAGAGUGCAAAACGCAAGAGAAGGGACAAGUGAAUGGUCAAUUUUCUUGAAUAUCAUCAAGUAUGAGGGUCCCCUGGCGCUGUGGCACGGCUUCAUACCGACUUUCGCCAAAAUCGCCCCCCACACUGUCCUCACCUUCGUGUUCUUUGAGAAGCUGGUCACCCUUUACCACAUGAUGGACUCCAGAACAGCAAAACGAUAAAUUCUCAUUAGUGAAGACAACUCUUAAGUUAUUUUAUCUGUAACUCGCUGUCUUGAAGGUGAACGCGAUAUGACUCAUGCGACGCAAAGCGAUAUUAUCGAAAAGUCGUUGUUUUUUAAACAGACGCGACGAAAAUAUUGGUCUCAGUGCGUCGCAUAGUAUUGCAACAUUUAUCAGCAAGCUCGCUUAAGACAAAAGGUAAUCUACUAUAUUUAGUAAUAGUCUAAUCCAUGUGUGUCCUUCAUUUUGGCGUUGUGUCCUAGAAUGCUGUUUUAUCCUACUAUGGCCGAAUUGAUUAUGCUGUUUUAAUCUAUAGUUUUGCCGAGCAAACGGACGCUAAGAAAUCUCUAUACCUAUUUAGCACUAAAAUGCUAAAAGGAGCAUGUUGUUUGCAGUCGUUGGCCAAGUGACGGGCACAGGCGAUCCCACUUUGUCGUAUCGGCUAAACUAAGCAAGUGGAGGCUGGAUAGCGAUGUACAGUGUGACAACACAGGCUGUUCCAUAAGAAUAUAAGUCGUGGACUACAGCGAAAUCUUUAAUAUUCCCAGUUCCACUUAAAUAUUGCCACAAAUAAAUGUCGUCACGACAUUGAACGCCUUUAAAUUUUUAUUAUUGAACCGUAUUUUUAAAACUGUGAAACUAUAUGUUUUUACAAUACAGACUGUACUAACACAGUCUAG